ACAAGAGGAAAACGAUAUCUACACGUGGCUGGUGAAUGUAAGUAGCGGAGACAUAUCAAGAACCAGUAUGAAUAUAAACGGCUCCGUCAGUCUUGUGUCUUGAGGAGAGCACGAAACAGUGCUAGUUCAUUCUCAUCCAUGGCUAUCGAGGCAUGGUUCAUGGACGAAAGCAGCGAAGAUCAAAGGCUUCCUCACCACCGCAACCCAAAAGAGUUCGUUUCAUUGGAUCACUUGGCUGAAUUGGGAGUUCUGUAUUGGCACUUGAACCCAGACGACUACGAGAACGAUCAAGAAUUGAAGAAUAUCAGGGAAGCCAGGGGUUACAAUUACAUGGAUUUGCUAGAUUUAUGCCCAGAGAAAGUUGCUAACUAUGAGGAGAAACUCAAGAAUUUCUAUACAGAGCACUUACAUGCUGAUGAGGAGAUACGUUACUGCUUAAAAGGAAGUGGAUAUUUUGAUGUUCGAGACAAUGAUGAUCGUUGGAUCCGAAUCUGGAUCAAAGCAGGUGAUCUUAUUAUUCUUCCAGCAGGAAUCUACCAUCGUUUCACUCUGGAUACCGGUGACUAUGUUAAGUUGAUGAGAUUGUUCGUGGGGGAGCCAGUCUGGACAGCAUAUAACCGGCCACAGGAAGAUCAUCCUGCUAGGAAGGAGUAUGUCAAGAUUUUGAAUGAGAAGGUUGGAAUAGCACUUGAAGCUCAUUAAGGUUCAAAAUUACUUGCCAAGUGUAUUACCAACUAUUGUAAUAAGAUGUACUUUAUAAAGUUUCAAAGGCCAGCACUUUUUCUGAAAAAAGAAGCUAUAUAUAUUGAAUUAUACUUUUGUCUUUUCCUGAAAGUCUAAUGCGAAGCUGUGGAUUGGUAGAUUUA